CCCUCUUUUUGAAGGUUAUCCCCACGUAAAGGUGGAUCUCCAACCGACACCACACGCAAAAAAACCUAUACAAAUAUUAUUGACCAUUUAAAUAGCACCUCUCAGCACUUUAAACCCCCACAAUCUCGUUAUUGAAUUACUCUCAACUGAAUUUUUAGCGUUGAACCGGGAGAACAGGCCAGCUCACAAAUCUACUUGACACUUGCAUCCCCCUCCCGCGGACAACUCUUUUUUUCGUGACUGUCCACUACAUCGAGCAAUUCCCCCUCCUCCCCGCACCGCCACUUGACUCACCACAAUGUGUUUUAUAUGCACUUGCGGGAACGAUAGAAACAGCAGUAGAGACAUGACUGCGAUAGCAGACGUAUUACGGUCUUAAGUGCAGUUGCACUCGUGUUAUUGACGUCGGAGUGCGUCGGAACGACUAAUCCCCAUAAUACUAAUCCACAAAUUUUUAUCCAUCCAACCAAUUGCCCUCGAGGAUUUCCGGGCGCCAAUAAAAUAUUUAAAAUGUCGUCUCCAACCCAAGUGCUGAAAAGCAUUGGUCCGAAGCUCGUGCCAUUCUUCAAAAGUGUCUGCGUGUAUUUCGUGCUUUUGGCAGAACAACCGUCGUUACUCACGGCGUGUUUCAAAUGUUUGCCAAUAAUCAGUCUUAUCAUAUUUGUACUCCUACACGGGAUGAAUUUAUCCGAAGAGUACACAUACUCGAGAAGGAUAUUAACUGGUCUGGUGUUCAGUUGCUUGGGUGAUGCCUUUAUAGUCUGGCCGCAUUUCUUUUUACUGGGAAUGGGAAUGUUCGCUAUUGCACAGAUCAUGUACAUCACGGCGUUCGGUUUUAAACCGCUGAAUCCAUCGCUGGGGGUUUUCAUUUUCUCCCUGUCAUUACUUGUUCUCUAUACGCUGAUGCCUGGGUUGAGUGGUGUUCUGACAAUAGGGGUACCGAUAUACACGUUUCUACUCGUAACUAUGUCAUGGCGAGCUGUGUCCAGAGUGCUGUUCUUCAAAGAACCAUGGACAUGGACGAAGCUCUGCAGUUGCAUCGGCGGUAUAUUCUUCGUAAUAUCGGACACACUCCUAGGUCUUCACCACUGGUACCACCCAAUGCCGUACGCAACGGUGUCAAUAAUGCUGACUUACUACGCGGCGCAGCUUGGAAUAGCCCUCAGUGCUGUCGACUCGAGGGAAAAUGCCAAACCCACUGUUAAACAGCGAUAAUUAUUUAAUUCUAAUUACCUGAACGUUAAGAGAGACAUCUCUUGUCUUUUUCUCUUCUGUAUUAGAAAAUUCCUGAGGAAAAAAACAUUAUUUGUUGACACUGCCACUAUCUCUAGGCAGAGACUGCACUGGAGGGUAUAAUUAGGAUCGAAUUAGGGGGCAAUCAAACUGGCAAUGAUCUCUGACGUUGGAAGGCCUUUUCAUUGUUGUUGACGUAAAAAACUAUUGUAUUGGGUAAUGUUCUAAUUUGGUUUUAAAUAGUACAAGGGUUUUUUCCAUUCUUUCCUCUUUCAUCAUGCACUGUUGGGAUUUUUUUUUUUUUUUAAUUUAAAUCAUAGCUGCAUUUGAACUCUGAGUUUUGUGAAUUUUCAUGCAGUUUGAGAUAAAAUCGUUUGUGAAAGUCGAUAAUAUUGAGUUGUUGAAAAUGUUUCACUUAAAAUUCCAGAAGUGAUUUUCUAACAGUUUCUAACUCAUCAUAGAAACAUUAGGUUCAGAGGACGAAUGUCACAUCUGCUUAUCGUCUAGAUCGGACACGGUAAUGACACAGUGAUUGAUUGAAUAACUGGGUAGUUGAAGAAAUGAAAGAAUUAUCUAGACUAUUACGAGUGGAUCACGAGAUGAAACACGAAUGCAAAUGGAAAACCAGUGCAAAAUGAACCCGAGACUAUGUUUACGUAAUAAUUCAGUAUUUUUCCGAUUUUUUAUUCAGAUAUCUUUUUUACUUUCUGUAAAACCAGUCUCCAUGAAAAUUAGACAUUGAAUCUCUCUCGACACUGAUUAUGUUAAUUCCACGUUUGUGAUGUUUAAUCUCAUGUAAUGUAAAUUAAGAAUUUAUCGUAUGGUUAGAGAAAAAAUGUUCUGCAAACAUGCAACCUUCGGUACCUUUAAAUCCAGAUGAGAAUCUAUUAUUAGUAAUGAGAGACGGAGGGAUGGCGUGACGCAGUGAACGAUGUAGAGUCGGUUUGAGUGUUAUUUUACGCAGGACUUUUUGGUCUAUUAUUUAAGGACUUCACUCUUAAUUUCCAUGAAAUUCAGGAAGGAAGUUAUUAGGUGCAAUUUUAGGGUCUGUGAUUUAUCCAAGAGGUUUGAUUCAUUUCUUUUUUUAUGGAGAUUAGGAGGCGAGGCGAGGCGAGUCGAGGCGAUGCGAGUCGAGUGGAGAUACGAGUGAAUAAUAAUUUUUUGCAAUAGACUGAUGGAUACACUGGAGAGUAAUAACUUCAAUAAGAUGCAGAGAAUGUAAAUAGAUUAUUUUUAAUAUAAUACUUUCUGAUUCUGAAAGUGGCAUAAUGUUGAAUUAAAUGUUCAAAUCGUAGAGAAAAGUAUAAAUUUAUUCAACUGUACGUUAUUUCUAGUUCUCGAUGAAUAAUGACAACUCAUUGAGUAAAUGAGGAAAAAUAUAUUAUCAUUCUCUGUUGACUGAAAAACUAUCCAAUUAUAAAGCUCAAUUUUAAAUUCUUCAAUAGACAAAAAGUGUGCACGUAGCAGGAAGAAAAAUAGAGAAAUAUUUUGUCGUUAUGUAGACCUAGAGGGACCGGUAACAUUGAAUGUUGAAGUUUAAAUAAAUAUAUAGACAGAGACUACAAACAA